AUGGUAUCGAAGCUCUCGAUAUCUUUCCGAUCAAUCGACGAUAUGCCUGAGGAAGCGUCGGCGAUCGGUGACUGCGUGAAGCUAUACAACGAUGCGCUGAGUCAACUCAACGAGUCCAUGUCAGAGAUCAAAACGGAGAAGAACAAGGGAGGGAAUUGGUUGAAUAAAAAUGUCAUCGGAGACGUCAAGACGUGGAUUAGCACCGCCAUGACCGACGUUGAGACUUGCCCCGAUGGGCUUGAAGAAAUUGUGGGGAAUGAGACCAAGAAAGAGAUGGAGACGGCGAAUCAGAUGAUGAGUAUUAGUUUGGCCAUUGUUAGCCAAAUGAAGAAGCUUAUCAUGAUUCUUCACUAA